AGGCUCGUUCUUACAACUCCCUGAAUAGCACAAUGACCAAAGGCAGAACCAGCAUGGUUCGAAUCUUCCCCUCGAAACGGUCAUGAAAUCAUUGCGUGGGACCGCCUGGAAACCUCCAAAGACCAUAGUGCAGCAGGUCGCUCGCCGAUGGCUUUCAAAUGCAAAGCCAAACUUGUCAAACUCGUCAGACUCGUCAAACGCCCCCGCUUCCUAUCCCUCAGCUGUAGCUAGAGCCAAGCUCCAACAAGGCCUACAAAAAGAUGCCCCAAAAUCUCACAGGCAAAGGGGCCCCAGCGCCGAAGCCCAGCGAAACUAUGCUAUGUUUCGGAACUUUGUCGAGGCACGAUUCGACAGGGUCCUGGCCGCGAUGGGCGCCUGGGCCGAGCAAAAGGAGGAAUACCGCUCCUUUGGCGUGACAAGUCAGGCCCAGCUUGAUCGCGAGGCUGCCCUGUUCAAGGCGGUUCUUGACAGGGCAUUCAACAUGGCCACCAAAAAAGGGACAACGGGCCGCAAGGAGAACCCUCUCUUUUGGAACUUGCGCAAUGCGUUCAUUGCGUCCGACAGCGGCGGCUUAUCGCGGGAGCUCAAAUAUGCCUUUCAGACCUUCUUGAUGCGUACGCGCUUCCCCAAGACGGUCAACGAACUGCACAUGGCCCUGGCCGACUUGCGGUUCCCAUACGAGUGGUACCCGGCCACGCGCAUGAUGCAGCGCACCAUCCACUUGCACGUCGGCCCCACAAACUCGGGCAAGACGUACAAUGCCCUAAAGGCGCUCGAAAACGCCCAGACGGGCAUCUACGCGGGCCCUUUGCGCUUGCUGGCCCACGAGAUCUGGUCCCGCUUCAACGCCAAAGGAAAGCCGUGUGCCCUGAUUACGGGCGAAGAGCAGCGCAUUCCCGAAGGCAUCAACACGUGGUUCCAUAGCUGUACCGUCGAGAUGACGCCCCUGAAUGCAAAGGUUGACGUCGCCGUUAUUGACGAGAUCCAAAUGAUCAACAACGACGACCGCGGUUGGGCUUGGACCCAAGCCUUCCUCGGCGUCCAGGCCAAGGAGGUGCAUCUCUGCGGCGAGGAGCGCGUGGUUGACCUUAUCCAGGCACUCUGCGCUCGGCUCGGCGAGAAGUGCGUCGUGCACCGUUACCAGCGUCUCAACCCCCUCAUCGUGGCGGACAAAAGCCUGAAGGGCGACUUUAAGAACCUCCAGAAAGGCGAUGCCGUGGUAUCGUUCAGUAGGGUCGCUUUGCACUCUCUGAAGCGGGGUAUCGAGGAGAAGACGGGCCGCAGGUGCGCCAUCGUCUAUGGCAGCCUCCCUCCCGAGACGCGAGCCAGCCAGGCCGCGCUGUUCAACGAUCCAAACAACGACUAUGAUUACUUGGUCGCCAGCGACGCCAUUGGUAUGGGGCUAAACCUCGAGAUCAAACGCGUAGUUUUCGAAGCGAGUUCCAAGUUCGAUGGAGUAGGGCACCGCAAACUGAACAUACCCGAAAUCAGGCAGAUUGGCGGCCGUGCCGGACGUUACAGGACUGCCACUCAGGAGAUUGCUGGUGUACAGUCCGAACCGGCGCCAGGCGUUGUUACGGCGCUGGACGACGAGGAUCUUUCUACGGUUAAGAAGGCCUUCGAGACGGAAGCCUUGCCGAUCGAGACUGCGGGAAUCCUCCCUCCGGCUGCAGUCCUUGAGCGCUUCCAUUCAUACUUUCCCGCUCGGACACCUACCAGCUUUGUGCUCGCGCGGCUGCGAGAGCUGGCCAGGCUCUCGGAUUGGUUCCACCUGUGCGACUUCAAGUCGGCGUUUGAAAUUGCCGAAAUCAUACAGCCCUACAACUUGAGCGUCGCGGACAAGUGCAUCUUCCUAAACAUCCCCGUCAACGUCAGGGACGAAAGAGAGAUCAAGGUGCUCCAGGCCUUUGCCCAGUGCGUUGCCGAGCUGGGGAGCGGGCACCUGCUCGACUUUCCCGACGUUGACCUCGAAGUCCUCCAGGCCGCCCGGCCAUCCAACAUGAAGGAGCAGAUUGAUCACCUGCACCGCCUCGAGUCGCUGCACCGGACCAUCACCAUGUAUCUCUGGCUGAGCUACCGGUACCAGGGCGUCUUUCAGAGCCAGAGGCUCGCCUUCAAGGUGAAAGAAAUGACGGAGCAAAAGAUCAACGAGCAUCUCGAAAAUCUCCGCUACUCUCCCGAUAUGGAGGCCAACCGGCGGCGGAGGAUGAGGAGGCUGGCGAACCAACAGGAGCAAAAGGCGAAGCAGUUCCUCGAGUCCGACGAGGCCGGCCCGGUGCCGGUACACGACGAGGAAGGUCACCCAGAGCCACUCUUUGAUGAGACGGGUGAGGCCGCCGAGGUCCAGUGGCCUGCGGGCCAGACGGGUCCAGAAGGGUCAACCCAGAGCGUAUCGGUUGGUACGCAAUGAUGGAAACGUGGGGUUGGGCCGGUGUAUUCUUGGAAACACACGAGCGUGUGGUUGUACUUGUAUGGGUGAAAUCUUCCAUCGGCGAGUGUACGAGUAGGGAGUGUACAUUAGACGAUGCAUGUCCAGGUUCAAACAACGAGGAUAGAUGUU